AUGUCGAAUGAAGUGUUUAGUAAUAUUAUUCAAAAACCCAAGCAAGAAGAUGUUGAUACCUUAAAAUCAAAAGAUUUUUAUAAUGAAAUUGUUGAAGAAUUAUUUAUUUUGUAUGAGGAAGAAAGAAUGAAAGGAAAAGAUACUGAAAUCAUUGGUGUUUAA